UAUAAAUAUUGAUAAUAAUUUUGUUAAAGAGUAUUUAUUACUUUGUGAAGUGUAUCAAAGUCAAAUAGAAAGUUAAUAAAUAUGAAGCCAGCAGCAAUUACUUUUUUGGUAGCUCUAUUAAGCACUCUAGCUUACGGACUACUUAACCCAAAGGAUUAUGGAAAAACUUUCAAGGAAAUGACAAUACAUGCUCAUCGUUUGUGUAAGCUUACUACAGAUGUUUCACAACAAUUGAUAGAUGGAGUUAAGAAUGGUCAAUUUCCAGAUGAUGAACCUUCAAUUCAGUAUUACACCCUUUGUCUGUGGUUGGCUUGUAAUGAAUUAGAUAACGAUUUAAAAUUGAAAAAAGACAAGUUACUUCCAUACCUGGAUGAAAUGAAGUUGUCCCAAGACGUUAACGCAUAUUUAACCUGUAACGAAAACGCUCUAAAAUUAAAUGAAACAAGGCCACACAAAAUAAUAUGGGAAAUGCAAAAAUGUAUACAAAAAAAUAUCGAUGCGGAGAGAUAUAUAUUUUUCUGAAGUAAUCCCUGAAGAUGUAGAAACACAUUCUUCUGAAACGAUAUGUUUUUUAUAAUAAUUUCUGUAUUAAAUACAAUUUCCAAAUC